AAAAUAAACACAACUGUCAAUCUCUUUGCGCUAUGUCGGGCCUUUUUGCGACAUAUUUUCGAAAAAUUACAGAAUUCCAAGCUAUAUAGAGUGAUUAACGUGCAUAAAUAAAAUGUCUAUUUGCUUACGUACGAUUUCUCAAAGAAUAUUGCCUAUCAAUGGCAUUGUGUCCACCAAAAAUCACUCAAGCCGCUUGUCUAGAAAAAUCCCUCUGCGGACACAAUUUCUGGAAGAAUUCCUAAAUCGCCGACGCAUAUCCAGUUGUCAACUUGCACCAAAAUGUAGCACAGACGGCAACAUUGAUUAUGUCUAUGGUCAUGAAGAGGCUGUUAUCAGCAGGCUCACUAACCAGGAGUCCACAUCCAUUUAUGAGAAAACAAAGUCUUCUGAUGAAAAUAGCUAUUAUGGCGAUGAUGUGGAGUUGAAGACCCUGAGACUAACAUCAGAUGAUUACAUAGAGAGGCAAAUGCCUCCAUACUCAUUUGAUGUUCCAUAUACCAAUAUUAGUGAUAUUGACUUAACUAAAUAUAGUAAUGAUAUAGAACCAACAUGCCUCUCGGAAUUUGAACGUGACGCAAUCGCGUACUGCCGCGGUACCGUGCUGUCCAGUCCUAUAAGCGCACCUGUCACGGAACUCAGCCGUGACGGCAAGCCCAAUGAAGAACAACUCAUGAAAGUUUACUACACACUCUCAGACACAAUGCCAAAUUUGUUUGUGAAGCCUUUAGACUACUCCAUCUACCAUCCCAAUAUGGUUUUUGUAAACAACAUUCGGGGCACCACAUCUGUAGGUCUAUUUCACUUCGUAAAGCAGGUGGCGCUGCUACGUACAGUGGGGCACUUAAAGUUUGCCUAUGUCAAGCUGGAAGUCAUGAAGAUAACGGCACAUCCCGAGGACUCUUCUGUCAAGAUGAGAUGGCGCAUUAAAGGCAUUUCCGGGCUGAAAGUAUUCUUCAUGUUCUGGAAGUACAAGCUGUGGAACAUGAAGGAGGUGUUCCGAGACCAGGAACUUUGGUACGAUGGAUUCUCCACAUUCUAUGUAGGCGCAGAUGGAUUGGUACAAAAGCAUGUUGUGGAUAAGGUGAUGCCAGACCAGGACAAAAUAAUAGAUGAUGAAGAGAAAGCUCCUAUAGCCGCCAAGAUAGCACUUCUUAUUGGCUUGUUGCCCCGAAACUAUCUGUCUGACGUGUCGCCCUACUUCAGCUCGUCAGCAGGCACCGCCGAUACUACGCCACUACCCUUCAAAGUACUGGAAUAACGUGCUUUCUUAUAUCAUUGAGUAACAUACUUGUAGACAGGGCUCUUUCAUCAAUGUGUAAAUCAGUAAUUUUAGUGAAAUUGUGAUUAAUAUUUCCCAAAAAUAAACAUUAUCAUGAGGUGUACAGAAUCUUGAUACACAUUCGAUUAAUGAAAGUAAAAUAUAAAAACAUCAUGUAAUUCAUAUGCAACUAGGAACAUCAUGUUGAGGAGUAAAUUUAAAGCUUUUAAAUGAAGUAUCAGUGAUGUUAUUGCAAAUUUUAUGAACAACUCGUUUGUGAAGUGUCCCUAGAUCCUAGCUUGCUGCAUCAAAUCACUAAGCAUGAUCUAAACUUUUUACACAAAUAAAGCAAUGUGUGUGUAUACAAUUGCUUUCGUGUCUUCAGAACAGCUACCAUUUUCGAAUGACUGAUCAAUAUUCGCUAUUUUAAUAAAUACGU